AGCCCCGCGCUCUGCUAGGGGAGUGAGGAACUGGGGGGAGGGCAAUCAUGGAACACGUGAAAGCGAGGGGGGCAGUAGUCGGCGGGCUUUGGGGGCGGGAAAGCUCGCAAUUUAGAAGCCUCCGAGAGGCACCGGGGCCCGGAGUAGUCCUCUGAAGAGACGGCGCGCCUGACGCUCUCCGCUGCCCGCCUCCCUCUGCUUUGGAGGCCGCCUGGAUUUGGUCUGCUGCAGGGGCCGCACCUGUGGUUCUCCCUUGGGGAGGUAGGGGCACUCCGCCAGCCCGGUCCCGGGCUGGAUCCAGAGUUGCGGCGGCUCCCCCGCGCUACCUCGAGCCGGAGUCGGGGCAUGCUGCUGCUGCUGCUCCCGCUACCACCUCCGCCGCCGCUGGUGGCGCUGCUGCCGCUGCCCCUGCCCUGGCCUGGAGGGCCGGUGCCGCUGCAGCCCAGCGGGCCGCGGAGCUGGUGCAGCUGCGGCCGCUGCGGCGCGGGCCUGGCCGCUGCCGCCCGCUUCUCUUGGGCUGCCCCGCUGGUCCCGCCGCCCUGGUCAUCUCCGCCUCAGCCGCCGCCGCCGCUGCCGCCGCCGCCGCUGCAGCAACGCAGGCGGCGGCGCCGGAGACGGAGGCGGCGCCGGAGAGGAGGAGCCGGAGCCACGGCUAUAGGAGUUGGAGACACAGCGAUCUGCGCGGCCUAUCCCGCCUGGCCGCUGUCUCUACCCCCGCUCCUGCCCGGUCCCUUUUUUCUUUGCCCGGUCCCCGUCGCUCUUAGCGUCCCGGCCUUCUUGCCCCCGGGACUCGUGCUUUCUUGGGUUCCGGGGCCCGGUGCACUGCUGUGGAGCUGGGCAGUCCCAGCCUCUGCUUUCUCCUCUUCCUUUUACUACUCCACCACCUGGGAGAAACCCUUCAGGCCAGUCCAGGAGAUGGAUCCCCCGGGAAACGUAGGAAUAAAUUCCAAGAAGUUGAAAAUGAUGUCAAGAAGAAAAAGGAAAAGUAUGCGGGGAUGGGAUCCUGAUGAUGUGAUGGCAGAAAUGCCAUUUUCUGCUAUAGAUAUAGAAGAUGAAUUUCAAUUACCUGUUGAACUUGAAAUAAAUUCUAAGAGGAGACAGGAAAAUAUGGGGCCAGGGAAAGAAGACCCAAUGAAGAAGAAGAAGAAAAAGAAAAAAUAUUAUCAACCUAAUUAUUUCCUUUCUAUUCCCAUCACCAACAAAGAGAUUACAAGAGGAAUUCAGACUCUACAAAACAGAGUAAUACAGCAAGAUAAACGGCUAUCCAAAAUAAUGACUAGUUGUGGUUCCUUCCAUGUUACCCUCCUAGUGAUGCAUUUACUAAAUGAAGAGGAAGUUAACAUAAGUAUAGGUGCUCUUUUAGAAACAAAAGCAUUAAUAGAAGAAAUAUUACAAGGAAGAGAUUUAAAUUUACCUUUUCAAGGAAUUGGUAAUUUUGGAAAUCAGGUUGGAUUUGUGAAGUUGGCAGAAGGUGAUCAUGUAACUACACUUCUAAAGAUAGCAGAAGUAGCUAAGAAAACAUUUCAAAACAAGGGUAUCAUGGCAGGAGAAAACAGAAGUUUCAAGCCUCAUUUGACUUUCAUGAAACUAUCAAAAUCACCGGAGCUCAGAAGAAAGGGACUGAAAAAAAUAGACCCUGAACUCUAUGAAGAAUUUGCAGACCACAAAUUUGGAGAAGAAUCAUUGUACCGGAUAGAUCUUUGUUCUAUGCUGAAGAAAAAGCAAAGCAAUGGUUACUACUACUGUGAGUCUUCCAUUGUGAUUGGUGAGUUGAGAAGCCCGAACUCAGCAGUGCUACAGGGAUACAGGAGCAAUAUAGCCCCAUGGCAAAGUGGUGAAAAGAAUGGAAGAGAACCAGAUGAUGCUGAACUGGUGCGACUCAGCAAGAGGCUGGUGGAGAAUGCCGUCCUCAAGGCCGUGCAGCAGUAUUUAGAAGAAACCCAGAACAAAGCUAGGCAGGUGGAUGGAAGCCCUGUGAAACCUACAGAGCCGGGGCAUGCAGACACAAACAACAGCGAUAAUAACAGGAAAUGAGAACUGAUCAUCCCUUCCCAAAAGGCCUACAAGACACCUCCCAGGGCUGAUGUAUGAAGUCCCAUUGACUGACUUGCCCUGGACUGGCUGUCCAAGUGUGUCUCAUUGAAAUGCGGCCCCUGUCCUAAUACACUUUGCCAGGAGAGGCGUCUGCACAAAUAGAGUGCUGGGAAUAAAGCUAUUCCCAGCUAUGAAGCUAUGAAAAGAGACUCGAGUUCUGUCUACACACGUUUGCUAGGAUGCCUUUGUGUUAUGAGAGAGGGGGACAAGACUUUUGUCCACCCCAUGAACGCUACACAUUUAUGGACAUGGAAGAGGCCUUGCCAUAAGUGGAAAUAAUGCCAUCUGCCUUGCUGAACAGCAGGGUUUUUGACUGCUUGUUCUAAGGCCAAAAAUCGCAAAUUCUGCCAUUAUAAAGCCAACUAGUGCUAAGGUUAAACAUGGCCAUUGUAGAAGUGAUCACCAUCAGUACAGCCGUCCUGUAUGUAAUUUUUCUGACAUUUGUUCUGAUUGUCUUGCCUCCCUGCCAUUAUUGUUAUUUACAGUAAGAGAUAUCAUGUAAAUUCUAUUUUUUCAUAUGAUGUUACCUUUUCUAUAAAAUACGGACCAUUUUAAAGGCUUUUAAAAAUCAGUUUUGAUAAAUCAUUGUGCUGUAUUUUUAUGUUUUUCUUUGACAUUCAUUAAAUGCAAAAAUAUGUAAUUUUUUUCCUCCUAUAGGCAAGAAACCUGUCAUAAUCAUGGACUUACUUAAGGAAGCUUUGCUUGGAGAAAGGAUGGGUGUGUUGUCCAAAGUCAAACAGAUAAAGGAACUUUUAUCAAAACCUGAGAUCCAAGCUCAAAUCAAGAGAGAAUUAUUUGAAGUAAGACUGAACAUCAACAAUAAAGAAAAAAACUUUUGAAGUCCAGUUUUUUAUUUAAAUAUAUUCUAAAUUGCUCUAAUACUCAUCUCUUUCUUGAAAUCUUUUCAGAUUCUAAUAUGUCUCUUUGGUAAACACAUACAUCUCACUUUCCUUGUAUUAUUCUGCUGCUGGAAUAGAUAAGAUUGUGAUUAUAGUUAAAUAGAAUGUGGGCUGGGUGAGCCCAAGGAAUGCCAACACUCCUGCCAGCAUAUCCGACCUGCACACUGUGCAUUCCUGUGGUGGUAUUGCUUUCUGUAAGCAUCUGAAUAGGAAUGAUCCUACUUUACUGAUUGGCUUUUCCUCUCAUUUGGGGAAAUAAUUCUUCUUAUUAUAAUUUCUAAAAACACAAGACACUCAUUUCAUGCAUACCUGUCCAAGCACUGUGUUCAUUCUUUAAUAUUAUAAAGCAAACAAACUUGUUUUGGUUUUGAUUUCAAAGCAGUUUCUGUAACCAGGUCCCCAUCUAACCUGGGAAUGAAACCAGGAAUAUAGUUUUAAGAAAAGCAAAAGAUUAAUACUAUCUAAAGAAAAAUGAGAAAUUCCCUCAUGGCAUAUCUAAAUGACAAGUAGCAAAUAUUUGGGCAAGAAAUUAACCAGUGCACAUGGGCAUUGGUGCUAGUUUAUUAUCUAGGGGUGCUGAUUCUGAACCAUCAAAAUUUUCAACUAAACCAAUUUGUUUCUACCAUCUUGGGAGUCAUUUCUCUUUUUAAAAAUUUAUUAAUUUUCAGACACAGGGAUUUCACCUAUUCAGAUUCCCAUCCCCUCAAAUCACUGACAUUCAUUCUAAGACUGGAGAGACAAAUAAUGUAUAUAGAGAAAAAUGCAGUAUUAUGGGGAAAGCUUGCCAUAUUAACAUGGCCUUAGUUUUUCAACAUGUAAACCAAAUGAAGUGGUUUUAGUUAUGACUUUCCUAUGCAUCAUGUUUUUUUAUUUAGCAGUGUUUAUGCUUACUGUGUAUUGAUACUUGAAUACACACUUUUAAAUGUAAUUAUUGUAGCCAGUCCUUGAGAGAUAUUGCAAACUCAGUAUGUAUUCUUGUUCCUCAGUAAAUAAUAUAUUCUGUCUUUUUUAUUUCUUAAUAAAAAUAGAUUUUUA